GUAAAGGAUUGUGACCUUCUAGUGACUUGUUUCAUAAACGCAUAGAAUUGCGUUUUUUUCAUUUUUUCCCCUCUCUUCCUGCAUUUAUUAUCAUGGUCAAAGAACUUCCUCCUAGUGUGAACGAAACAGCUUUCUUAUUGGAAGCUCUUCACCAAGGAAGACGCGUUGACGGGCGCGAAGUAUAUGAUAUGCGUUCUAUUGAGAUCACUUUAGGAUCUGACUAUGGUUACGUUGAGGUACAACUAGGCAGAACUCGAGUAGCUUGUAAUGUAUCUGCUGAAGUUGUUCGCCCUUAUGCAGAUAAACCCACAGAAGGCCAACUUUUGUUUAAUACCGAAAUUUCACCCAUGGCUGCACCCUUUUUCGAACCUGGAUCGCGUUCCGAAGAAGAAAUAUUGAUCAGUCGAGUUGUAGAAAAAGCAUUGCGAAGAAGUAGAGCCAUUGACACAGAAGGUCUUUGUAUUGUUGCUGGAGAAAAAGUCUGGCAGAUUCGCAUUGAUCUUUUAUUCCUUGACCAUGAUGGCAAUCUAAUUGAUUGUGCUUCUAUUGCAGCCAUUACGGCAUUGUUACAUUUCAGAAGGCCUGAUGUUACUGUUUCUGGAGAAGAUGUGACUAUUCACCCUGUGGAUCAAAGAAACCCUGUACCUUUAAGUAUUCAUCACAUACCAAUCUGUGUCAGCUUUGCGUUUUUCGACAAAGGUGAAUUAUUGGUUGUCGAUCCAAACUAUUUAGAAGGACAAGCAAAAGAAGGCGAUAUGACAAUCACAAUGAAUAUUCAUAAGGAAAUCUGUGCAUUAUCAAAAGCAGGUGGUAUACCUUUAGAGAUGGAUCAAGUGCUGAGAUGCUCUCAAAUUGCUAUUAUUAAAGUGACAGAGAUUGAUGAACUUAUCAAAAAAGUAUUAGAACAAGAUAAAGUAACAAGACAAAAAUCAAGAAAGUAAUAAACAACCAUUUUCCCACGCAUAUGUUACUUUAUUGCCCUUAUUUUAACUAAACUUUUCCACGGUA